CACAUCCCGAUCCCAGUCCACCCCUUUGUCUCCUCUUUGUCUCGGGGAGAGAGGGACGGAAGGAGAGAGAGAAGAGAGGGACAGAUAGGCAGAAAACAGACUGCUUUGCUUUUCUGCAGGAGACAGGAUAACUGGAAAAUACCGGAGAGGAAAAGGCUGGGAAGAAUCAUUCAUGGUUGAAGGCCGCUGGUUCUGAAGGAGAACAUGAAGGCCCUGUGGCUGUCUGCCCUGCUCUGCCUGUAUCUGGCCUCCCUCUGUGUGGCCGAGGAGGGCCUGCAGUUCCCCACCUUUGAUGGGAAGGACCGGGUCAUCGAUAUCAAUGACAAGAACUACAGGAAAGCCCUGAAGAAGUAUGACAUGCUCUGUCUGCUUUACCACGAGCCCCUGGGCAACAGCAAGGAGCUGCAGAAGCAGUACCAGAUGAUUGAGCUGGUGCUGGAGCUGGCUGCCCAAGUGCUGGAGGAUAAGGACAUUGGGUUUGGGAUGGUCGACUCACACAAAGACUCCAAAGUCGCUAAGAAAUUGGGUUUGAAUGAGGAAGGCAGUGUGUACGUCUUUAAAAAUGACCGGGUGAUUGAGUUCGAUGGACAGCUCUCUGCAGACACCCUUGUGGAGUUCCUCUUGGAUCUGCUGGAUGACCCCGUGGAGCUCAUCAGUAAUGCCCUGGAGCUGCGCGCGUUUGAUCGCAUGGACGAGGACAUCAGGCUCAUUGGAUACUUUAAAAACGAGGACUCAGAGCACUUCAGUGCCUUUCAGGAAGCUUCUGAACACUUCCAGCCUUUCAUCAAGUUUUUUGCCACCUUUGAUAAAACAGUGGCCAAGCAGCUGACGCUGAAGAUGAACGAGGUCGACUUCUACGAGCCCUUCAUGGAUGAGCCCGUGACUCUUCCUGGCAAGCCCCACUCUGAGAAGGAGAUCGUCGACUUUGUUAACAAGCACAAACGGCCAACACUAAGAAAGCUGCGUGCUGAAGACAUGUUUGAGACCUGGGAAGAUGACAUGGACGGAAUCCACAUUGUUGCUUUUGCUGAGGAAGAAGAUCCUGAUGGUUUUGAGUUCCUGGAGAUCCUGAAAGAAGUGGCUCGAGACAACACCCACAACACGGAGUUGAGCAUCGUGUGGAUCGACCCGGAUGACUUUCCCCUGCUGAUCACGUACUGGGAGAAGACCUUCAAGGUGGACCUGUUCAAGCCUCAAAUCGGUGUGGUGAAUGUGACCGAUGCGGACAGCAUCUGGUUGGAUAUGGCAGACGAUGAAGACCUGCCCUCUGCAGAAGAGCUGGAGGACUGGAUUGAGGAUGUGUUGUCUGGGAAGGUCAACACUGAAGAUGAUGAUGAUGAUGAUGACGACGAUGAUGAUGACGAUGAUGACGAUGAUGAUGACGAUGAUGAUGAUGAUGACGACGAUGACGAUGACGAUGAUGAUGAUGACGAUGACGAUGACGAUGAUGAUGAUGACGAUGAUGAUGACGAUGAUGACGACGACGACGAUGAUUAAUUUAUGAACUAUGAAUUCUGGGAGGCAAUCUUAAUGACCUCACCAGAGUACCUCAAGCUGGAUUCUGUUCAGGGAAGAAGCAAGGCAAACCCAGAGGAGAAAGCUAUCCUGAAUGCUUUUAUAGAGUUUUGUACAUUUUGUACGUAAAUAUAUCGUCUGCAACUUCAAUUUUUUCCAAAUGACAAAAUAACAUAAAUGGACAUUUAAAGCUCUGAAUUACUUCAAGAGUUGAUAGUACAACCGAGAGGUAUCUCACUGCUCUUAAAUGAGAGACUUCCAGCUCAUGAAUUUGAUGAUGUACACACUGAGCUGGUCUGGUGGUCUUUACUGUCAGUGCCAGCAGGGUCCUGAAUGAACGCACUGCCAAGCUGCCCCUUCAGACCAUAAUGCCUUUUCUAACUCAGCUCUCAUUAAUAAAUCCCUUUCCUCCUGUUUUAGUCCUCCUAAUUAUGUGCUCCUUUACUGGAAUUCAAUCCUCAUUAAUGUGUUAUUUUACUGUUAUUUGACUUUCAUUAACUCCCUGCUAACUGGGACCAUUUGGAUCCAUGUUCACAAAAAUACCAAAAAACCAUUUGAAAAGUGAAUUGUUGUAACACUGGAUAAUUUGGAGGUCCUGUUCUUUAAUAUAAGGACUGCCUUAUGCUGUAAUCAACCUGUGGAAAAAGGAAAACUGCCAGAAUAUCUGUGGAAUCUAUAUCUUAUGGGAACUGUUAUUUAAAUAAGAUGAUAUAACACUAUUCUUCUGAAACCCAUUUACAUCAAAAUGUCAGAUAUUAUAAAUUUAAAAAUCUAAAAACAAAGCCAACAAUAUUUCCCCAGUUGAGAGGAGAGAGGAGGUGAGGUGAGUGUAACUGCUUUCCAUUUGAAUAAAGCUCCAGGUUGA